CAUCCUUCAGACGUGCUGAGGAUGCAGACUGAGCUCCACUGUCCUCUCUGCGCCCAUCAUCUCUGUCCAGGUGGAUGGAUGUCGGACAUGCAGCGCUGAGAUGAGAUAAGAGCCCGGGCUGCUGCAGAGGAAGAAAACACGGAGUCAUCACGGAUUUAAGGCUGAUUACAGGCUGAUUCUUCUCGGUAACGGUACUCGGUGAUGGUGACGGUCCUCGGUGAUGUGAGCUGAGCUGAGCGGGGCUGAUCUGAGGAGCUGUCCGUGCGUCGAGGUGCUGAUGCGGCUGUGACACCAGCGAGCAUGGCUGCCGGGAAGUUGCUGCUGUACGCGGGGCUCUCUCUGUCUCUGUGCGCCCUGGGCAUGCUGGCCGUGGCGAUGUGCUCCGAUCACUGGUACGAAACCGACGCCAGGAGGUACCGGGAGCGCUGCCGGAGCUUCUCCAGCCGCCGGAAGGACCCGGGAUUCAUCUACAUCCCCAACAACAGCCUCCCUCUGCGGGCCAGCCGCAGCAGCUCCCCCCGCUGGGACGACAAGCUGCUGCUGGCCCGGAACAAGCGGCAGCUGUUCGCCAUGAGCGCCGCCGAUGAAUGCAGCCGGCAGUACAACUCCACCAACAUGGGGCUGUGGAGGAAGUGUCACAGACUGGGCUUCGACCAGGAGAUCGAGGAUCUGAUCAGGAAAGGUUCUAUUGCACGGUGCUCCUACAUCAAGUAUCACUACUCUUCGGCUACAAUACCUAAAAACCUCUCGUACAACAUCACCAAGACGAUAAGGCAGGACGAGUGGCACUCCCUCCACUUGCGGAGGAUGACGGCGGGCUUCAUGGGCAUGGCGGUGGCCAUCAUCCUGUUCGGCUGGAUCAUCGGCGUGCUGGGCUGCUGCUGGGACCGAGGACUCAUGCAGUACGUGGCCGGACUCCUCUUCCUCAUGGGAGGAACCUUCUGCAUCAUCUCCCUCUGCACCUGUGUCGCCGGCAUCAACUUCGAGCUGUCCCGUUACCCGCGGUACCUAUAUGGUCUGCCCGACGACAUCGGCCACGGCUACGGCUGGUCCAUGUUCUGCGCCUGGGGCGGCCUUGGCCUCACCCUCAUCGCUGGUUUCUUCUGCACCCUGGCGCCCUCUGUCCAGCCCAUCCCCCGAUCCACCUGCCCCAAGUCUAGACAGGAGAACGGCACCGUCUGCUAAGAGCGUCCGCCAUGAGACGACCGACUGAAUCACAAACCAGAUCGACAAACAGAAAACUCAACCAUGUCUUCAUCCGUCCAAUCAUCUUCAGUCUCCUGGGUAUUUUUUUUAUCUGUGCGUGUGUUUAAAUGGGUGUCUUGAUCUUGAAAAUAAGAGAAAAAAACUGAAGAACUACAGAAAUAUUAUCAAAAAUCUGAAGUUGUGCUUGUUUUGUUGUUGUUGAGCGGACACUGAGAUGGACCGUGACCAGGAAAGGUUGCACAGGAAGUAUUUAAGGACCACGAAGGACUGAAAAAUGGUGGAUAAAACCGUCUUACAACAGGGGACGGACUCAGCAGAGUUGGAUUGAAACAGUUUGGGUGUUGGAUCGCUCAAAGGGCGUUCCUCAUUGACUCGGCCUCGUGGAGCCACUUGUUGGAUAAUCCAGAAGUCAUCGGACCAAACACCAAACUUUAACCCAGCUGGAUUAGGAUUAUCUGUUGACUUUCAGGGAUCUACUUCAGUCCCUCUAACGUUUGAGGAAAUGUUGGUGUUUUGGAGGUCGGGGACCAUCACUCUUGUACAUUAUUGUACAGAAUAUUCCAGAGAAAAGACAACCAGGACCUAACAUGAUGGACCGUUUUCAUUCUCCUGUAGUUACAUUCCAGUCUGUCCGAUGAUCCCGUAUUUCCAUCUAGCGUUUUAUACAUCCUUCCUCUCUGAUUCAGAGUGUUUCCUUUUUACAGAACCCGUCAUGUUGUGAACAAACUGUCGACUGUUUCUUCUCAGCAAAUGUUUGAGUUUUUCAUUCUAGUCAUAAAGAUGAGGCUGACUACACACCAGAUGAUUAUAAAUUAUUUUGAAAACAUGGUAGACCAAGGGCAGAUGGAGCAUUUUGGAUGAUUUUUAAUAAAAUAAACCAGAGAUACUCAAUCUGCUGCACUCAAGCUGCAUGUUGUUCCUUAAGACCGGAUCUGACUAAAAGAAAAUGGCAUGAAAUUUGCCAAUUGCAGUGUCAAAGACCGAUGUCAAACGUUUGGCCCAAAAAUGAACGUCAGGCAUGACCAAAAUACGUUCAGGAUGCCCUACGACCACGAUCAAUAAGACUGGCAGCUCAGAGUUGUUCUUUACUCUUCCAUCUAGUGUGACAGCCAAACUCAAUGCGAGCAACGUAUAUCCUGAUGCUAAACCCUGACCCAGCCAAAGUGAUUGCUAGUCCUCAGUUUCGGCCAUUCAGAACAGCUAAUGGACAUUUGCUUUAGAUAGCCAUGUGUGACCAAUAACCUGCAUUUAACUGCAACAAAAUACAUAAAUCAGAAACCCUGCUUUAAGUAUGUGUAAAACUGGACAGAGGAAACAUUUUUCUUUCUGAACCUGAUCCUAGACCGAGAAAGCCUACAGUAAACCCGAGUAACUGUUGUCCUGUUAUUAAAGUAUGCUAGAUACAUAUUACACAUGACCAGAUCUUGGAAAUGACCGUGCAAAUACAUUAUUUUGUCUUUGUGUAAGUUUAAACACCAAAAACGAAGCGCUUUUCUUUACAUGCAUAACGUUAGUUGCAAAACAUAUGCCUACAUUUAACACAUAAAGAACAGCACUUAGCUUUACGUUAGCACUUUUAGCUCCUAGUUAGCACGUUAGCCACUACCAUAACUUAGCGGCUGACAACAGCCAAGUAUUGUCCUCCGUUGAAAACACCAACAAAUCGUACAAACAAAACUCUGCAUUCCAAACAAAAAUUGAGCUGUCCAAUAUUAGUCCUCAUAAACUGAUGAUCUCGACUGUAACCUCCAUAAGAACAGUUAAUUCAACUAUCGUGGUUUAUUUCGAGUAGAAAGACAAAAGUUCUCUUCUCUCAUCGAUGGCUCUUUCUAUAUUGCUGCUGCUGACUAGCCAGGACACUCAGAGCAUGAACAAUCAGCUACAGGGAAGUGAGGUGGUGCUCUUGGCUAAGCAGAGCUGCUGUUUAUGCUUCACAGCUAUCUACAGCUCCCUUUCUUUUGACUUCUUCAUUACCUGCAGCGAUGACUAACACAAAAUCCUUCCAAACUGCCGAUUUUAUUUAAACUUUAUUUAACCAGGAAAACCUCAUUGAGAUUAAUCAUCUCUUUUUAAGAGUGUCCAAGCCAAAAUUUCAUUGCAUAGUUUUCAGUAACUCUUAACUUGCCUUGAGAUAGGCGUUGUUUUAUGUCAUCUGAGUUGAUUUAAUGACUAUAAAUUAGUCAUGUGCUUGCUUCCAGAGUAGAUAAACAACCCCAGCACCACAACAAAAAAGUGUCAUAAUAAAAUUACUUUAAGUUUAUAUUACUGGAUUCUUGCAACAUAUCUUGUAGAUAACACAAACUAUCAUUAUUCACUGUUUACUUAUCUGGUAAUUGACAUUUUUAACCAGACAUUUUGGCUGUUAAUAUUUUUAUCUGCCGGAUUUCUGCCAACAGUAUGGAAACUCUGCAAACAUGUUUGAAAAGCACAUAGUUAUAGA